GAACAAAUUUAGAGAUGUAACAUCUGUUCAAAGUAGCAAUUUCACACUAUAAAUACCUUUCAUCAAUCUUUCCCAAGUCCACUCACCAAAGCCCACCAACUCUCUUUUCCUUCAAUUCAUUCAUUCAUUAAUUCUCAUCUCUCUCUCUCUCUCUCUCUCUCUCUCUCACAUCUAUCAAAUAAUAAUAUACUCAACAAUGGAGUAUGACUAUCAUCCCCACACCCAUUCAUCCUCCUCCUCAGUGCCCACUCUAACCAGGAGCUAUUCCCUCGCCGCUCCGACUCCGCCGCCCCGGCCCCUCCCCAGAAGCCUCUCUCAGAAGAUCUCUUCUUCUUCUUCUUCGGCCUCUUCCAAGGCCCGGCUCUCGAAGAGCUCGACGUUCACCAGGAAAUGUAGCAACUUGGCCAAGGAACAGAAGGCCAAGUUCUACAUCGUCAGGCGGUGCAUCGGCAUGCUCGUCCGCUGGAGCAAGCACCGCCACGACUCCUGAUGCAUAUCCCCAAGUUAGGCCUCGUUUUGUGGGAACGUCGUUUUCAAUUAGCGUUUUGGAUAAUUUUAAAACGGUGUAGAUUGACUUUGAAAGUGCUAAAGUUGAACGUUAUUGUUAGAUUUUCUUUUCAAAACGCUAAAUCUAAACGUUAAAACCGUAGCCAAACCGGCACUUAGAUUGUCCUUUUUUUUAGUUUGUGGAAUUAAUUGUUCACCUACCUUUAUUCGUUAAACAAAUGGCCUGGGAAAUGGUCAAAGAUAUGCAGAGGCACUGAGAUCUUUGUUUGUUUUGGUAUUAUAAUUUUUUUUUCCUUCUUUUUGAGACAUGAAGUAGUAGAAAAGUGUUGCAGAGGUUACAGAGUUGUCCCAUUAGACUAAUAAAAAAAUGAAAAUUGUGUGAUUGG